AAUAAGUCCAUCCGUGAAAUUUCCUUUUUACUAAAUAUUCCACAGUCAACUGUUAGUGGUAUUAUAACAAAGUGGAAGAAACUGGGAAUAACAGCAACUCAGCCAUGAAGUGGUAGACCAUGAAAAAUGACAGAGCGGUGUCAAUGCAUGCUGAAGCACACAGUGUGCAGAAGUCGCCAACUGUCUGCAGAGUCAAUAGCUAAAGUCUUUCAAACUUCUUGUGGUCUUCAGAGAUCUUCAUGGAAUGGGUUUCCAUGGCCAAGCAGCUGCAUCCAAGCCUUACAUCACCAAGUGCAAUGCAAAGCGUUGGAUGUAGUGGUAUAAAGCAUGCCGCCACUGGACUCUAG